AGAGGCCCUCCACCCUUCGAGCGAACUGGCAGCUGUCAGUUCCGAUGUUAUUCUAAACUGAUUCACGAAGUCUAGUCCCGAGAUAUUUCUCAGGCAGGCAGCUUUUGCUAGCCAUAAUCUCUUGAGUCGAGGAUUAGUAUGUUACUUAAGUCCCCCUGCUGGUUUUCAUAAUAGCAAAUCUGGGUCCUGGUUUGGCAGUUCGGCACACAGAGUCUGCUCCAGGCUUCGUCGGUCUGCACCACUGCAUUAUCACACAACGGGAGCAGUAUUACUGAUUCAUUCAUCACAACGGACGGCCGUUGCUGCUGCCGGGGGCCGCAAUCUUUGUAAACGAUCCAGGACUCUGUAGAUCUAGCGCUGGCUUUCUGCCAGAGAUCGAAGUUGUCAUUCGUAAGAUCUUGCUCGCGGUGCGUUUCAAGGACGUUGGAUGUUUUCCUGGAGGACAGAAGUCAAGGACUCGUGCGUGGAGGGAGCACCAAUGAGGAUCUGAGAGCACUGGUCGGUGGUGCGCAGUAGGUUACGGCGUCCAGGUUUAUCUUGUUUACAUCAGUUGGGGAGUUUAUUAAUUUGAGGCGCUUCUGGGCAAGACUUGCGUCUCCUUAAAUCCUCGUCUUUAGCUCUCCCUGGUGUUAAUUUUCGCCUGAGAGACAUAGUUGCCUUAACUUAUCAAGAUUAGAAGGUCGGACUCCAAUCUAGUUGGAGUGAUUGCUGGAGUGGGACUGUGCAAUGGGUUCAGCGAAGUGGAUUGCGUGUGUGUCGCUAGUGUGUUUACUUGGUGUAUUGUCUCGAGGAGCUGCUGCCGAGAAUGACUUCGGAGACUUCUCUCUUUCGCGGUCCGAGUGGAGCUCGGAGUAUAUGAGCCUCGACUCUGGACACUUUCUUGACCGGAAGCUUUUGCAAGUUCAGCCGUCUUCACAAACACAACUGUUGGCAGUAAGAGGAGAUCGAAGGGACCCUUUGGAUAAUUUUAGGAAAUAUCGAGGCGGAUACGACGUGACCAACAAGCAUUACUGGGCGUCAGUAGUGUACACUGGAAUCUACGGCUUCGCUAUAGGUGUUGCAUGGCUUCUGCUCGGAGCGCUCAUCACUCUGGGCGCUUGCUUCAAACUCUGCUGCUGCCGUCGUCCCAAGGUAGCGGAGCGACGAUCACGUGCAUAUUAUUGGAUCCCUCGCAUUUUGGCGUUUCUCCUAUCCCUCUUCGCCAUAGGUGUUAUUAUCACGAUGUUCGUCCGCAACAGCCAAUUACACGAUCGCGCCUUCAAAGUGCGGGACAGUAUAGCUGCUUCCGCAAACGAUGCGACGAGCACUGUUCGCAAUGUGUCCAACACAUUGUCGAACGUGGACACCACUGUCAGCAAGUACAACAUUGAGGGGCUGAACAGUAGUACACUUAGUUCUACAGUGAGGAACCUGAACCAACAAGCUGACAGCAUUGACAACACAGUGGACAAUAACGUUAAUACGAUCAAUAAGCUCAUCAAUGGAAUAGAGAUUACGCUGAUUGUGCUUUUGUCAAUUGCCCUCUUUCUCGUCGUCAUGGGACUUCUAUCGGCAUUGAUGGGCUGGAGGACUAUCUAUUUUUUGAUUAUUCUGCUCGGGUGGUUGAUCGCUGCUUUGACUUGGAUUUUAUUCGGAAUUUUCUUCGCUGCCAACAAUGUGACAUCGGACACAUGCCAAGCUUUCUCUGAGUACCUCGCGACACCUUCAAACACCACAUUGGAUGAACUACUUCCCUGUGUGGACCUGGCAACUGCCGCCUCUGCAUCCAACGUCGUCAGACAGGGUGUCAACAACAUUGUAGCCCAGGCAGAGAGGUCUCUCACUCAAAUUGAACAAACAAGUGCUGCAUUGGGCCGACCUGUUACCCUUCCAACGGUAUGCGAUCCAAUCGGUCCAGCUCCGGCCUUCGAGUACAACAGUAACUGUCCAAACGGCACAGUGACACUGGGUGGACUACCAGGAGUUGUGGCGCCUUUCGUUUGCGCCGCGGAGCCAGUCACGCAGGCCUGUUUGGGUGCAGGUCAGUUCGUGAGUAGAACCAAUGACACACAAAUCAGGGACUUGUCCUCAGCCGGUCAGAGUUUAGUGACCAUUAUCCCAACGGUGACGAGGCUAACCAACUGCUCCAUCGUGUACAACACCUUCGAGGAUAUCGUCAACAACCAGUGCCCCCCGACGAAGAGGGCUCUCCGCAACAUUUGGAUCCCACUCCUGCUAUUGUCCAUUGCAUUGACUCUGUUAUCGCUAGACUGGAUCUUCGCAAACCAUCGCAACAAGAAGGAGCGCUACGCCAGUGGACGCGACCCAGAGGCGUACAACAAUGUCCCAAAGUGAAAACAAGCUAGACUCAACACCGAUUUGUGAAGAACGAAGUUUGCAUUUUUUAUUUUACUUCUUUUUUGUGUUUUUUUUUUAUUUUGAGCAUACAGAGUAUCAUGUCCAGCAAAGAUUUGAGUUGUUGCCCCCUAGUUUCUGAGGGAUACCUCUCAACAUCCCUGGCUCUGCAGCUGUAUUGUCUCUGUUGUUUCUUCCCUUUUUGCUCUAUUUUUCGGUAGUUUGUUGUACACUGGUCACUUCAGAUUUUUUUGUUUUGUUUAUUUAUUUUUACUUUUUUUUGGUAGCAUAGAGAGCAAAACGGUCCAAGGAGUGUACAAAGAUGUACCCAAGGAAUUUGUUCUGAAUGAACCACCACAUUUGUCUAAUAACAGGAAGUCUCUCUCCCAUUGAGAGUACCUUGAAAGGAUUUAGCGAUUCUGAUUGUCUUAACUCCUAUUUUUGUAAAAGGAAAUUAAUUGGA